CCAGCCAACCUCAAACCCGAACCAUCUCUCUCUCUCUGUAACUAUAAUGGCUCCAGCUGCUCCGGUGGAGACUGCAAUGAAGCAAAAGGAAUUCAUUUACAGGUCGAAGCUUCCGGAUAUCUACAUCCCGAACCAUCUUCCUCUGCACUCAUAUUUCUUUGAAAACAUAUCACAGUUCGGCUCCCGGCCAUGUCUGAUAAACGGCGCCACCGGCGAGACAUACACUUACACUGAAGUAGAACUCAUCUCCAGAAAAGUAGCAGCUGGGCUUGACAAACUUGGCAUCAAACAGGGUCAAGUGAUCAUGCUUCUGCUGCCCAACUCGCCCGAGUUCGUCUUCGCCUUCCUCGGCGCGUCUUACCGCGGUGCCACCAACACAACAGCGAAUCCCUUCUACACCUCGGCGGAGAUCGCCAAACAAGCCAAAGCCUCCAACGCCAGACUUAUCAUAACACAAGCCUGCCAUGUUGAGAAACUGAGGGAAUUUGCCAAGGAGAACGACGUUAAGAUCAUGACUACCGACGCACCCACCGAUGGUUGUGUGCAUUUCUCCGAGCUGACUCAGUCUGAUGAGUCAGAAAUGCCCGCCGUAAAGAUUCACCCUGACGACGUCGUCGCCCUACCUUACUCAUCGGGAACAACUGGGUUGCCCAAAGGUGUGAUGCUGACUCACAGGAGUCUCGUAACCAGCAUUGCGCAACAGGUUGACGGAGACAACCCUAACAUGUAUCUUCACAGUGAGGACGUGUUGUUAUGUGUUCUGCCUCUCUUCCACAUCUACUCGCUUAACUCGGUGUUGUUUUGCGGGUUACGAGCCGGCGCGGCAAUUCUGAUCAUGCAAAAAUUCGAGGUUGUGGCAAUGAUGGAGCUCAUACAAAAAUACAAGGUAACCGUCACUCCAUUUGUCCCUCCGAUCGUCUUGGCACUGGUUAAGAACCCGGCCGUCGAUAGCUACGACCUGUCGUCCGUCCGUACGGUGAUGUCCGGUGCCGCUCCGAUGGGAAAGGAGCUUGAAGAUGCUCUCAGAGCUAAGCUUCCUAAUGCUACGCUUGGCCAGGGAUACGGGAUGACGGAGGCCGGGCCGGUUUUGUCGAUGAGUUUGGCAUUUGCGAAGGAGCCAUUUGAGGUAAAAUCAGGAUCAUCUGGGACUCCAGUUAGGAACGCCCAGAUGAAGAUUGUUGAUCCGGAAACUGGUGAAUCCUUGCCCAGAAAUAAACGGGGAGAGAUUUGCAUCAGAGGAGCCCAAAUCAUGAAAGGAUAUCUAAACGACCCAGAAGCCACAAAGAGAACCAUAGGCACAGAUGGCUGGUUACAUACUGGAGAUAUUGGCUACAUUGACGAUAAUGGUGAGGUCUUCAUUGUUGAUCGAUUGAAAGAAUUGAUCAAGUACAACGGUUUCCAAGUAGCCCCAGCUGAGCUCGAAGCAUUGCUCCUCACUCAUUCCAACAUCUCGGAUGCUGCCGUGGUCCCCAUGAAAGACGAGCGUAACGGAGAGAUCCCUGUCGCAUUUAUCGUAAGAUCAAACGGUUCUCAGAUCACUGAGGAUGAAAUCAAGGAAUACAUCUCAAAACAGGUUGUAUAUUAUAAAAGAAUUAAGCGGGUUUUCUUCACCAAAGCCAUUCCAAAGGCGCCAUCUGGCAAGAUCUUGAGGAAGGAAUUGAAGGCAAAGCUGGAAGUUGGUGCUCCCAACUAAGACUAGUUUUAACACUCUAGCUCUAGUUUUUCUCUAUUCAACCAUAUCUUUGUGUAUAGGAGAAAGGCACAAAUGCCCUACUUUGACAAUGGGAAUUCUUCAACGACCUGAUUCCCAUUCAUUUUUUUCUCUCUUUCGGAUA